CUGUCCGGACAUCACUGGAACUAAAAGCUAAGAGCCGUGCCAUUACUAUGCAGCAUUGCUUACAAGGAAAAACCAGCGCUCGGAGUGCGGACGUGCAAGCAGGACAAAGAAUAAUGGAUGGCGAACUCAACACUGACACCGGACAAAAGAAUCGCCUAUCAGGCUCCGCAGUGUCCCGUUACUCGACCGCAACAAGACAGGAAGUGAAGGUAAAGGACGUGGCUGGUCCGCCAUGGUCUCCCGUUUCCUUGCAGCUCGUAUACCUACGCCACAUGACGUCCGCUGUACGUACGCCGGGCACAGCAGCAACGGCAGUCCACGUCUUUCUCGUCUGGCGGGAGGACGCGCACGCGGUCGACAAUGACGCUGCAGAUCAAGCUCUCGACUCUGCUGCUCCUGGUAGCUACUCUGUGGCGGCCCAGUUGCCAAGAAGCGGCCAAGGAAAGCUCCAGCAGCGGGGCCAAGAAGGCCGAGCCCAUGUCGGGAGGCAUCGCUUUGCCCGACCUCUACCUGUGGAAGGACUCCGGCCUCUCAAGCGACCUGUCCCUGCCCGACGCGCCGCACGCGCUCCUCGACGUGAACUACGCCGGCAUGCUCGUGUCCGAACUCAACAAGACGUACACGCUCGAACAGACGAAGGACGCCCCGGAGGUUAGGCUGCGGGGCUACCUCAGGUGCGGCUCUCCGUACUCGCUGCUCAUGGUGGAUCCGGACGCGCCCAGCCGGAAGCAGCCGGAGAAGCGAAGCUGGCUCCACUGGAUGGUGCUCAACGCGCCGAGCAGUGAGCGCUUUCACGACGGAGACGUCGCCAUGCCGUACAACGGUCCGAACCCUCCCAAAGGGUCGGGACCUCACCGGUACGUGUUUCUGGUGUACUGUCAGGACGGGGCGCAUCUGAGCAAGGAGGAGAUGACGCCCAAGGAGAGGCCCAGCUACAGGAUCACUGAAUUCGCCACAAAACUGGCCACGAAGAUGCCCGUAGCGGGCUGCUUCUAUUACGUCGAGAACGCCUGAGUGGAAGUCGGCGUCGCAAGACACCUUCAAGCGCGUGGCGAGUAUGCUGCGGUGCCGAGGCGCAUCAGCUGAACCGCCGAGCGUACGUUGUGCGACCAUGGCCGUCGCUGAACUGUGUAAUACACCCGAAAACCGUUGGUAGAGCAAGUUGGUACGAUAAAAUUUUCAAACAAGA